UAUAUGAGCGCGAGCGGCGGGCUCUCGGGUCUUUUUUAGCGCCAUCUGCUCGCGGCGCCGCCUCCUGCUCCUCCCGCCGCCGCCCUGAGUCACUGCCUGCGCAGCUCCGGCCGCCUGGCUCCCCGUGCUAACCACCGAUACUUGGAGUUCUUACAACAUGGCAGACAUUGACAACAAAGAACAGUCUGAACUUGAUCAAGAUUUGGAUGAUGUUGAAGAAGUAGAAGAAGAAGAAACUGGUGAAGAAACAAAAAUCAAAGCGCGUCAGCUGACUGUUCAGAUGAUGCAAAAUCCUCAGAUUCUUGCAGCCCUUCAAGAAAGACUUGAUGGUCUGGUAGAAACACCAACAGGAUACAUUGAAAGCUUGCCUAGGGUAGUUAAGAGACGAGUGAAUGCUCUCAAAAACCUUCAAGUUAAAUGUGCACAGAUAGAAGCCAAAUUCUAUGAGGAAGUUCAUGAUCUUGAAAGAAAGUAUGCUGUUCUCUAUCAGCCUCUAUUUGAUAAGCGAUUUGAGAUCAUUAAUGCAAUUUAUGAACCUACAGAAGAGGAAUGUGAAUGGAAACCAGAUGAGGAGGAUGAAAUUUCGGAGGAGCUGAAAGAAAAAGCCAAGAUUGAAGAUGAGAAAAAAGAUGAAGAAAAAGAAGACCCCAAGGGAAUUCCUGAAUUCUGGUUGACCGUUUUUAAGAAUGUUGACUUGCUCAGUGAUAUGGUUCAGGAACAUGAUGAACCUAUUCUGAAGCACUUAAAAGAUAUUAAAGUGAAGUUCUCAGAUGCUGGCCAGCCCAUGAGUUUUGUCUUAGAAUUUCACUUUGAACCCAAUGAAUAUUUCACAAAUGAAGUGUUGACAAAGACAUACAGGAUGAGGUCAGAACCAGAUGACUCUGAUCCCUUUUCUUUUGAUGGACCAGAAAUUAUGGGUUGUACAGGGUGCCAGAUAGAUUGGAAAAAAGGAAAGAAUGUCACUUUGAAAACCAUUAAGAAGAAGCAGAAACACAAGGGACGUGGGACAGUUCGUACUGUGACCAAAACAGUUUCCAACGACUCUUUCUUUAAUUUUUUUGCCCCUCCUGAAGUUCCCGAGAGUGGAGACCUGGAUGAUGAUGCUGAAGCUAUCCUUGCUGCAGACUUUGAAAUUGGUCACUUUUUACGUGAGCGUAUAAUCCCAAGAUCAGUGUUAUACUUUACUGGAGAAGCUAUUGAAGACGAUGAUGAUGAUUAUGAUGAAGAAGGUGAAGAAGCGGAUGAGGAAGGGGAAGAAGAAGGAGAUGAGGAAAAUGAUCCAGACUAUGACUCAAAGAAGGAUCAAAACCCAGCAGAGUGCAAGCAGCAGUGAAGCAGGAUGUAUGUGGCCUUGAGGAUAACCUGCACUGGUCUACCUUCCGCUUCCCUGGAAAGGAUGAAUUUACAUCAUUUGACAAGCCUAUUUCAAGUUUUUUUGUUGUUAUUUGUUUGUUUGCUUGUUUUUGUUUUUGCAGCCUAAAAUAAAAAUGUCAUAUAAUUUUAGUUCUCACAAGAUAAUGUCUUAAUUUUGUACUAAUUCAGGUAGAAACAGAGGCCUAGCUUGAAUUAAUAAGCAUUGUACCCAGCUUACCAUAUUAUGGAAGAAGAGAGUGUCAACUUUGGGAGAGGUACUACAUCUGCUAAUAUGAGAGGAUAGAAAAGAAAGAGAAAAUCUUAAAUGAUGUAAUGUUUUUUUAAAGAAAAAGAUUAAAAGAUUAAAAUUUUAUUUCAUUUGGUUAGAACUAGAGAGAAGGCCCCACGCCUCUAUAGUUAAUUCCAAUUCUUACUGCUUAAAGUAUGAGUAUGUCAUUUACCCAUGCUUCUGUUUACUGUGUAUUAAAAUGGGUAGUACUGUUUACCUAACUACCUCACAGAUAUGUUAAGGCAUAUUAAGUUAAGUUUUAUGAAAUGUUUCUCAAUCUCAUUAAAAGCUCAAAAAUAUGAACCUAUUUGUACCACAAGUAUAAUAUUCAUGUUUUAUUCAUACCAGGGUUUGAUAAUUCAACUGGAAAACAAAGGUUUAAGUACCUCUAUUCUGGAUCUGGUCAGGCAACAAACACUCUUCUAGAUCUUUGUGUGGCUCCUGUCUUAAUAUAAGUGGAUGGAUGAACAACUCUUUCAAAAGGUCCAACGAUUGCUUUUAGGUAUUUUAGUUUAUGACCAUAUUGUGAAAUACUACAGAGAUCAUGGGACUGAAGUAGAAAGAAGACCAUUUUUAGGGAGGAAAAUGCCAUUAAAUUUGAGACUUACAGAGCCACAUUUAAAAUACCUCAGGCUAAUUACUGUUAAUUUUUUGUGACAAGCCUAAAAGCUUUGACAGUGAGGGUGGAUUAAAUGGAUUAUGACUAGAGGAUGGCCUAGAGUUCCUGCUCUUAAUAAAACUAUAUUGAGUUUGUUUUUAGAGGUGACAGAGCUUCCUUUUUGAAAAUCUAGUAUUAAGAUCUUAGAAUGUGAAUACAUUUUGUUAUUUGUAUAAUACUAUUCAUUCCUCUCCUGAGAAUUUAAUUAACUACUGGAAAUCCUUAACCAGUUGCAAUAGUUUGUAGGAGAAAAAAAUGCCAUGAAAACAUCCUGUGUUUUUCCUCUUUAUUUUCAAAAUGCUUUUGGUUGCUUUAAUUAGACAUUCCUUGCUGAAUUUUUUUUUGUACCCAUAGCUCAUCUGAUCACAGCCUUUUCUGAACUCAGCCAAUUUUAAUCUAAAGAUAGAAUCCCAUUUUUAAUGAACUUAAGUAGCAAAACCACUAUUUUUUUUUUUCUUUCACUCCUGUAGGUAAUAGCUAUUGCCAAAGUGAAGGGGCAGAUAUGAUUUCAUCUUGUUAUAUAAAGGGGAUGUGGUUUGCAGAGGAAUUGUUUUCUCAUUAAAGUUGGCAUUGCAAGGGGUAUCAGUGUUCAUCUAUGCCAUCUCUCCAGUUCCAAAAUGGUUCUAUUCCAUUCUAGAAAUUUGAAAUAUGUAAUUUGAAAUCCUUAAUAAAAUUUGCAUUUAAUUUUA